AUGUUUGUACCUAAGGCGCUUUCAUCAACAGCUUCUCUGCGCAAUCCUCGAAGGCGCCAGCGUACAAACUCAGAUGAAUCUCCAAAGCUACCGAGUGCGAAGAGGCAGCGAUCUGUGCUGCGUCAAGAAGAUUCAGAAUCAUCAUCCAAAUCUCUGACUGAGCAUCUUGUCAAGCGCGGAUUGCAAGAAUGCCCGUCAACGUCGUUGGAAGAGGACCUCGCGAUCGCAGAAAGUCUCAACGUCCACCGAAGCAUCCCGAUAAGGAUAGCCAAAAGGCCAGAUAAACAUGAGGAUGGGGGUGAUGGAACAGUUGUGCUUCUACCGACUUUGCCGGACCAAGUACUUGGUUUGCAAUCAGGCAAGGGUUCAUUUGGUACCAGUCAUGGAUAUGCUUUAGCUCUAACAAGUUCACACGCCAUCAUCUGGCCAUAUGCGACUACAACUCCAUCGUCCUCUCCUUCAGAUGUUUUUACUCUGGCAAUACCUGAGUCAUGCACAGAUUCUAGCGAUGAUAUUCCCCUGGGAUUGCUUUUAUCAGCCGCUGCAGGCGGAGCACCAGGGUUGAUGGUAGUUAUGCCGCAUUCUGGGAAAGUCAUAUACUGGGAAACUGUAUCGAGUGCUGCGUCAUUAGGGUUCGCCAGGCAAAAACAAUUCGGCCUUCAGGGGUGCAUGCACGGUCUGCUCUCUGGAGAGCACGCCACUGAGGUAUUGAAUAGCGAGCCGUCUGGUGUUGUUGUCAUAUUUUCCACCGGAAGGAUUGCUCAUAUUACUAUCAGAGACCCUCAGGGAAGGCCAGCAGUGACUGCUUCUUUUCUAAGAAAUAGCUCAGGUGGCGGUAAAGCUGGGUUGCUAGGGAGCUUGAGAAACGCCUUUGGGGGUGGCUUUUACCGGAAAGAUAUUGCUGCAGUUCACGCAGGCGAAUCCCACCAGCGUGGACAACGAGAUGUCAUAAUUGCUACGUCUAUCGGUCUUUUCGAAGUUUGGGACACCCAUUGGAAUAAUGGAAGCAUGCUAAAACAGCAAUUUGACGUGGAAUAUCUCUUGCGUGAAGCCCUUGGGCUCCAAUCCCAGGAUGAAACCGAUGAUCAUCGCCUAAGGGUCUUAGACUUCGCAUUGUCGGAGGCCGAAAGCGACGAUAUUUCACAUCUCGACGGUUCCCACUCAUGGUUUAUUACAGCGGUCGUUGUUUGUGACUCAAGAAUUUCUUGGGACAUGUUCGUGGUGCAAAUGAGGCUUUCCGACGAUGUUCGAAUAAUAUCAACUACUGCAAUUGAUUCGCAUGGCCUACCCGCACGGCUGGACUUCUCCCAGGUCAAAUUAUUCGUGCCAAGGCCCGGACAAAUCGCGUUCAUUCUGGUUGGGCAGUCGGUUCUUUUACUAUCAUUGCCCGCGUCUGAACAGCCUGCUGUUUCGCAGGACGCGGUUUCUGGCACCCAUCAAGGGCGAAUAUUCAGGGAUGUCAUCCCCCUGCGAUCUGGAGAAAGCUAUGAGAUAUUAGGGAGCGGAUGUGAAAGUGGAAUUGGUGAAGAAUCCUCAGCUGCAUGCCUCCUCAUGGUUCGAGAUUUUGGUAUCAUCCGAAUAACAGCUGUGCUCAAUGAAAGAACAAACGACCAUGUUGAUGUUGGCCGAAUCACUGCAAAGCACAAAAUCGAGCAGGCCAUUUUCUAUGGCACAAUGACAAAGAACCCAUUGGAUUUAACUAGUCCCGAUGGCUUAGGCUUCCCAGUCAACGAAACUGAGCAGGCUGCAUUGGAAAUAUGCUGGGAAUUGAUGCGAUCUGCAUCAGGAUUCAUUCCUUCCUCUGGUAUUUCCGUGGAUCAGAACUUGAAGCUUAGAGCGAAAGCCCUGGAUGACCUCGCCCUCUUAUUGACACAGCAAAAUAAGGCCCUCCGUCGUGAAGUUUGGUGGGAGUUACUCUGGGGCGCGGAGAAGCUUGCAGCCCAAAGAGCUAUGUGGAAGUUAGAAGACGAAAGCAGGAAAUGCGGCAGCAGAACGUCAACAUUGCUGGCUCAUAUAAUUGACUUAAUGAGCGAAAAGUUCAAAACAAAGAUCGAGAAGCAAAGUGGGGAUUGUGAUCCAGUGCGCCAUUGGUUUCUAUAUGAUACUUACCAGAUGGAGCACAUUGUGCCGUGGAUAUUCAACGCGAUUAGGCCUCAAAAGGGAAACUCCACGAAACAGGGACGGAGGAUGUCUGAACAGCUACUAGAAGCUAGUGAACUCUCUCUGGCUGUUCUAGAGACCGCAUUUCGUUACCGGGACGAACAUUCCAGCCGGUACGGGAUAAGCGACGGCUAUUUGGAGGAUGGUGUUUUAGCGAGUGACUAUAAUGGCCUCGCGGAAUUUUGGACAUCUCAGCGCUAUGGCUACGUCGAAUUCGGACAUCUUCUAGAUCUGGAGCUUGAUAGUUGCAGGGCUUGGAUUCAACAAACAGGAGUCGGCAUUGAGCUACCUGAUGAUCAAACCGUGCAAAGGAUCGCCAAAAACAGUGCCAAACAGCUCCAUGUUCUAGGGCAUAUGCAUUGUGAACGGGUCCGGUGGCUUUCAGCCCAGGAGGAUCAAAAGCUUGUCGACGAAGGACUCACGACUGAGCAUGCUCAUAUCAAACAGCGGAAAUGGCAGUUGUUCAAAUUGGCAGGGAUAGGUCACCUGGAAGAUGCCAUUAACCUUGCCGAACAGUUUCGAGAUAUGGGGGCACUUGUGGAACUCAUAAUUGAACUCCAGGACCAAACCAAAAGUCUUGUGGUGUCUGAAAGUUCACUGGGCAGAGUUGCAAAUGUUGACGACGAUGCAUCCGAGCAGCUCAGUAAAAGGAUUUCAUUUUACUUUGAGAGAUUUGGUGAACCAUGGGCAGACGCUUUUUUUUCUCGACAGAUCACUAUGGGACAAUCUGGGAUUCUGUUCGCGAUGAAGAAAUUCCAGCCCUUCGUCACUCGAUUCUUGCGGAAGCACCCGGGUUAUUUACGGCUGGGCUGGAUUAAUGAUGUGAUCGGCGAAAAUAACUAUGAAUACGCCGCCCGAUCCUUGGAGAAACUGGCAACUAAACAUGAAUCAGAUAUAUGGAGUCAUCGUGUCGAGUUGUCUCUAGCAAAGCUUGCAAAUCUAGCGGCCUGGGAAGAAUCUGCUAUGCCAGAUAGUCUGGUCGUUCGCAGGAAUAUCAGGCGCUUGGAAGAUUUUGCGGAAAUAGACGCUGUGCAAGAAGUCAUCUUUGCUUAUAUUGCACCAGUGCUGCACAGUGCGAUUGACGAGAAAGCGGAGAUUGAUAUCGCAGUCGAAAAUUUCCGCAAACCAACCGCCGGCGAUAGACCAUCGUUGAAUGAGAUAUUUAACGAGGCACUCGCUAAAAUUGUCACUCGACAAGUUCUGGGUUUGGAUGAACUGGUCGACCUGCUGACGCUUAUAAAUCUAGCCCAAAUCUCUCAAUCCGGCCCAGAUGAAAUUGUCGGAAAACAAUUCUAUCUAGCCUUGCGGAUUAUCCGACUUUCAUGCGACCAGCGGGACUCUCAUUCUAACGCUGCAUUACAGAGAUUGGUAUGGAGAAGGUGUAUGAUAGAUAGCGAUUGGGAGCAAACAGGAGAGAUGGCUGAGCAAAUUGGAACGAACAUGGAAUCCCUUCUCUAUGGCACUGCGCUCUUCCGUACCCUCUGUUGGUGUCUCAAGGACGCGCGUGACGAGGACUCUAACUACCCGAAGCUUUUUGUUCCUAAGACUCCGCACGACGUGUUGUUCAACGAGUCGGAGGCUGAUCUUAUAUCGUCACGUUUCCCCCCCGAGCGGCGGGUCCGAAUUUCUCGUGAUCUGGCCAGGGAAAAUGAGAUUUUGCACCAGCAGAUGGAAAGGGGAAAGCUUGAUUUUUGGUUCAAAAAUCUUGUCGACUCGGCUGAAACCAUGCCACAGGGGCGCUCUGUGGCUUCUGUUGUUGAUGACCAAAACAGGAAUGUUGAUGAUAUCCAACAAGACUCACCUACUGAGCGGGCACAGUUGAGUUGGCUCUAAGGUUUUUAACACCAUUAUUCGGUUAUAUUCGGUUAUACGCUGCUUAUUGCCACAACAUGCCCGGAAAUACUUGGCAUGGGGUAAACUACGUUACAGCAAAAUAGCUAUCGUUUCGCCUUCCACUCUGCCUUUCCAUUCUCACCCUUCGAUCUACGUUGUUAUUUGACCUGUUUUCGAAAGACUUAGCAAUGCAAUGCUCUUGACAAUUGACCUCUAGCUCAUUAGGCUGAGGCGCCUGCAUUUAUUAAUCCGCGUGAUGGAUUCUUUGAGCGCAGCCGACACGAAGCAGACACCGCAAGUACAUAGCGCAAGCAAAAAGAUCAUUCUCCCAUUUCCCAAUCCAGACACCUGCUGGUCUGGAAAUUGAUAAAAGCCCAUUCAUGGUUCCCAUCGCCUA